UUCGGGGUUCGGGUCGUGGUUUUUACCAAAAAAAAGUUGUCGCAAGAUGGGGGUCUACCCUAGUCUAAUUUCUAAAACCAGGUACUUAUCGGCAUUUUUGGACGAAUAAACUUUUUAUUUUUGGAGGCGCAAAGGUGCGAUAUGGACAAGAGCCAAUUUUUCAAAUCCCUCGAACUAGCCCCAAAUUGCCGUCUUCAACUUUCUGGAUUAAAUUGGGAAUGGCAUACACUUGAUACAAUGAGAGCACAUUUUGAACAAUUUGGACCUGUUGAACAAUUAGAAAUGGUAGCCUUCCCUCGUGGUUAUGGUUUUCUUUCAUUUGAAACCCAAUCAGCAGUUGAUCGUUGUUUAGCUUUUGGUUUAGAACAAAUUGUUAAUGGACACUCUGUGGAUAUUAAGUUGGCAACACCUGAUUCGCUCGAAACUUUAAUUCAAACAACUAAUCAACAACAACAAAAUGCAGCUACAAUGACUGGUGAUAAUUGUUUUGAUGAUGAUGGUUGAUUUUUAUUUAGAAAAAUUUUUUGGCUCUACUUUAAGGCAUACGUCCCAUGAGUAUUUUUGCGUCCUAAAAUUUAUGCGCGUCCCAUCAUUGUAUGUUAGAACGCAUAGGAGCAAGGAUGGGAUGCCUAGG